CACUCUCACCUGGAAAUACCAUCAACAAACCAGAAACCGAAGACCAGUCUGGCAGCAUGCAGGACCUUCUGAAUUUUCUGAAAGCACAGAGCCGAAAGAGAGCUCGAGCAACUGAGGACAAUGAGGACUCCAAAAAGCGAGUUCGACGGGAUAGUUCAUCUAGUUGUGAUUCCAAUGAUGCACCUGCAACUGCCCCACCUGUGUCAAUGCCAGCUUCAUUUCCAAUCAGGACUGAUGUCCCACCACCUCAAAUUCAAGUGCCAGCUUCAACACCUCUUGUAACAGACCGAAAAAGAUCUUCUGAGGCAAUUACAGAAGCCUCAUCCCCCAUCAAAACGGCUACACCCAAGCGAAGGCGUAUUGAUGUUAUUGAGGGCUCCUUGAGUUCCAGCCAGCGGGAGACCCAUAAACGUCCAGCUGGGUCAGCAGCAAUGACUCAGCGACAAAAAUUAGCUCGUGGAGGUUCGUCAGAAACUCCAGCAACAGGAAAGUGGCAGUUGGAGGAAUUCCCCGAAGGAACUCCACAGCUCUCUGCUGAGAAGGAAAAAACUUCCUCUGCUGAAACUAAAAUGCAGAAGGAGGAAGUGCAAACUCACUUUGGGCAGUCAGAAAAAGGAACACUGGGCAAGGGAAAAUCAGGCACUGUGUUGGAUGCAGGAACCCCGAAAGAUGUAACUGCAGCAAAGAAGAUAGAUGAUCAAGAGAAAGAGGGAUCCACUUCCAAGAAAGUGACACGAUUAAGAAAACCAGGAGAGGAGUAUCAAAGUCCCCUUCGUCUCCUUCCAUUGAUUCUUCCUUCUCUUGAGGAUGUGGAGAUGGAUAAAGGGAAGGAAAAAAAUCGUCUUAGCCGAAUGCUUCGAGCAUUUCAA